CCAACCCACUCAAAGCGUAAAAGCAAACCAGUUAUAAAGGAACAGUGAGCUUACAGCCGGACCCAACUUCAACGGUGGAAGGAGAGGAAGAAGAAGAGAGGCAUGGGCGUCGACUACUAUAAAAUUUUACAGGUAGACCGGAAUGCAAAAGACGAUGAUUUGAAGAAAGCUUACCGUAAACUUGCUAUGAAAUGGCAUCCCGAUAAGAACCCUAAGAACAAGAAGGAAGCUGAGGCCAAGUUCAAGCAAAUCUCCGAAGCCUAUGAUGUCUUGAGCGAUCCGCAAAAGCGGGCUGUUUAUGAUCAGUAUGGAGAGGAGGGUUUGAAGGGGCAGGUGCCGCCUCCUCCGGGUGCAGCGGGUUUUGGAGCCGAAGGGGGCUCCACGACGUUCAGGUUCAAUCCUCGGAGUGCGGACGAUAUAUUCUCUGAGAUUUUUGGGUUUUCGAGUCCGUUUGGAGGGAUGGGUGAUAUGGGUGGCGGCUCACGCGCCAGCACGUCAGGAUUUCCGAGAGGUAUGUUUGGGGAAGAUAUCUUCUCCUCAUUUAGGAGCGCAGCCGGAGAGAGCUCUAAUAUUCCCCGUAAAGGGGCUGCCAUAGAACGGACAUUGCCGUGUAGUUUGGAAGAUCUGUAUAAGGGAACUACUAAGAAGAUGAAGAUUUCGAGGGAUGUUACUGAUCCUACUGGGAGACCAACCACUGGGGAAGAAAUUCUUACAAUUGAGAUCAAGCCUGGUUGGAAGAAAGGGACAAAAAUAACUUUUCCGGAGAAGGGAAAUGAGCAACGAGGUGUUAUACCUUCUGACCUUGUCUUCAUCAUUGAUGAGAAGCCUCACAGUGUCUUCAAGAGGGAUGGGAAUGAUCUUAUAAUUACCCAGAAGGUAUCUCUUGUAGAAGCUCUAACUGGUUACACAGCGCAGGUAACGACCCUCGAUGGACGGAAUUUGACAAUCUCCAUUAACUCUAUUAUUAGUCCAACCUAUGAAGAAGUUGUUAAAGGGGAAGGGAUGCCAAUUCCCAAGGAGCCUAACAAAAAAGGGAACUUGAGGAUUAAGUUUCACAUAAAGUUCCCUAGCAAGCUCACUGCCGAGCAGAAAACAGGGAUCAAGCGGUUAUUAUCAUAAAACAGUGACAGUGGCUCUCCCAACUACUACCAUCUCCCAAAUCUGUGUAAGCUUGCAUUUAUGUUCUUUGCUAGUCUAAUCCAGGAAGAAAAUUUGCGUUGCUGAAUUGGGGUUUUCACUAUAACAGUUAUUUAGGAGUUGAAUAUUGUUUUCCUAUGUUUCAUUUUUCUCA